CACACACCGGCACACACACACACUGACAGGCACAGACAGCGCUGUGGAGCAGACAGGGCUCAGGCAGCAGAAUCAUGGCCCAGGGAGCACAGGUGUGGACGGCGUGCGUUUGGACAGCAGUGAUUGUUCAAUCUGUAUGGGCGUUGAAGAUCCAAUACCCCGUGCUGAACAUCACUGAGACUCUUGACUGCGGGUGCAGCACCUCGAACUGCCAGGCUGUGUUCUGGUACUGGCAGCCCCGGCACAGUCCGUCAAAAUUCCAUUUCCUCUUCUACCACAACGUUGUGGAUCGCGUGCACUACGAGCCGACCGUCGACCAGGACAAAUACAAGCAUGGUAUGAAGGGGACUAGGCCGACCUUCUCCCUGAAAAUCUUCCAUGUACAGGAGAGUGACGCAGGCCGCUACUUCUGUCAGCUCCAGGAAAGCCGCAACAUGCCGAGCAUCAUCGAGAUCGAGCUUCGGCCAGGAGAGAAUCCUCCAACCCCUCCUCCCACCCCAUCGCACCCAAAGAAGCCCCCAAAGAAGCCUUGCCGCUGUCUUAACCAAGGAAUCAAUAAGAGUCCGAAAGGCUGUGGGCGCCUGGUGCUCUGGCCCUUGGUGGGAGUGCUCGCCAGUCUGGCUGCUGUGUUGAUUGCCACCCUCUUCUAUUUCAGCCGACUACCCAAGAAGUGCCGCCACCGGUUAGUCAAGAAGAGACAGCUCCAAUGAAGGCGGGGGUGACAUGGAGACAGGUGAUUCUCCUGGCUGGCUGUUCAGACUCUGUAACUCCCCAUUUGGACUCAAAAUAUCACUGAUAUUAUACACCUCACACAUUCGUGUUCAGCAAAUGCGUUUAUUACAAUUCUGUGGUUGACCCGCCAUGGUUUUGUACAAUGUCAGUGUUAAUAAGUGUGCAUAGAUGGUUCAAACAAAUAUGUAUGAAAAAGAUCAUUCAUAUGCAGACAAGAUGCUAUCCUCCUUUUUGAUUUUGGUCUCUUUAUCGGCUCUGCUCCUCUCUGUGAUUGAUGUGGCUAUAAACUCUGGUGACCGGAGAGUCCUUUGAGAAUGAUCGUUGAGGCAUCUGUAUACUGAGUAAUUGGUGUCAAUUUUAAUGUGACUGACAUGUCUGUUUCAUCCUUGUUUAUAUUUAACUCUGUAUACAUUUUUAGAUAUUUGUAUAUGUAUGUACAGUAUGUUUUGUAAUUUUAUACUUUUAGGCUUGCAGGGGAACAAUUGUGAUGUAUAAAGUGUUUAUGCAUCUCUUGUCAUAAUGGUCUGGCAUACCCAAGCAACUGAACCAAAUAUUGAGAGUGAAUGAAUGUUUGGCACAUCUGUGAUGACAAAAUAAAAUGAAUUUUUGUG